CGGAAUGCCAUGGCCUCAAAGGACCCGACAUGUCACCCCCCAUCCGUCAAUAGCAUGAGGGACUCUCAUCCUCGCGAGAGACUGCUUACCCAUCCGCUGCUAUGGACGGACCGCCAGCUCCAAGCCUUUGACUGCCGCUUCAUCAAUGAUGCAAACGACACGCCUCAUCCAAAGGGGGUGCAGUUCACGCCCUCUCGAUUGCCCUUAACACCACCUUCGUCGGCACCAAAGCCGCACCUUUGCAGCCAGGAUGAGCCCACGGAAGAAGCACGGCGUUUGGCAAGAAGCUGCCACCCCCCUUUGAAAUACUAUGCCUUGGCCUGUCUACUGCGUAGCCAAGGGUUUGAGAAGACUGGUGACUCCAUUGCUUUCUACCAUAAUGGCCGACCCGCUUAUCGGCCCAAGUGCUCUGUGUUCUCGCCCAAGCACGACGGCGGCCUGGAAACUAGCCGCCCGCUACAGUUGGCCCAUCUCGACUACGCCGAAAUCCUAGGCAGCCGCCGCAAGAUGCUGAUGCCAAGUCGGCCCCCCCAAGGGAGCGAUAACGCACCAGGGCGAGCCAUCUUCCAUAAAAAGUUGGCCAAAGUUACCCCAAAAGACUGGUCCCAGGAUCCAUUUCUGGUAUCCAUCUUGAUAUCCCUUGCCCAGUCGCAGCAGCAUCAUGUUGGAACUAGUCAACUAGGCCACGAUGCUCUGUCGAGCGAGGAUUCAUAUACAGCACAGCUGCUACUAACUCACAACCUGGAUCGUCACGCUAUUCACCUCUAUGAAUCUGAGAUCCCAACCAUGUUUCUCAGCAAACUUACCGACCCACAUCACCAUGGGAUGGCUAGUAUGGCCGUCCAUCACAAAAUAGUUCCGUUUGAACCGCACAAUGAUUUGUCUGAGCGUUUGGCCGCUCUACUACGAUGACUAAGGAACAGGGACAGACACCUAUUGAAUCUAUCGAAUUCAAUACCGGGCUUUGCCAUUCAAUUUGAUGGCUUAGUAUUUGAUUCCCGUGUAACUAUAUGUAAUUUGACCCAAGUCUAGUACGUCUCCUAGAGAUCCAAUAUUGAGUCAAGUAUCUGUUAUUUAAUCCAAUGCCAAGAUUCGAUCGAACUCGAUCGAAUAGAUGAUUAAUUCCCGUGAAGGUAGGGGACGUUAGAGGAAAUAACGGCUUGUUAAUGAGGGGACCGUCUGACAUGGAGGGAUUCAACAGGAAAUAUGAAGAAGCACAUGCAGGGAGUAUGUAAUAUAGCGGUAGGGGCCUAUAGGAAAUGUCCCUCGGGCGAAAUAAAC